AUUUGGUCGUACGUGUCCUUUCUGUGAUUACCAAAUAGUAUUAUUUGAGUUUUACGUAAGUCGAGGAUAAUCUAUUUUUAUCAAAACAUCUUUUUAAUAUGGCCAUUUCCUCCGUGACUUUUUUAAAUUAGCUCAUGUGUGCUUUCUCGAGAACAAAAGGCAGUAGUAUCAUCCGCAAAUGAUACCAACUUUAAGUCUUUCGUCACUUUAUUUAUUUAUUUAUUUAUUUUACCCCUGUCCUGUCCAGCCUUUAAAGCAGAUUAAAUGCCGUCAAGUGCUCAACAGAUUUACUCUGCCAGGGAGAAGUGUGAUAUACAAUUCCCCUGUUAUACAGAAUUUAUUUGACUUUGAUGCUGGUUAUUAAGCAAAUUUGGAGCGAAGGGACCGGAGCAGGAGGUGACAGAGAAGAAGAGAAAAGGAAACGGGGGGGACAAAAAAAAAAGAGAGACAGGAGACAAGGACAACAGCAGCAACAACAACAAUUGUGUCAACAAGAACAGAACAACAGAAACAUACAGAACAACAUCAGCAAAUAAAUGUCUGUGACAUAUAAAGACGAACAAGGACAUAAAGACAAAGGACAAAACAAUAUCAACAACCACAAUGACAACGCUGUCAGUGACAAUCACACAUAAUAGUAGUCAUGAAAUGAUGAACUAUGAUAGUGAUCACAAUGACAAUACUGCAUUGAAACAGUCACACAUAAUAGCAGUCAUGAAAUGAUUAUGAUAGUGAACAGAAUGAUAAUUACUGUAAUGCACAUCAUUGUAAAAAAAAAAAAAUAUAUAAUCAUACUGCUGAUAUCACCGUUGCUGUCAUAAAACCAACAACAUAAUAACACCCUGGUUAACUCGGUGAGUAAUGUGGGGAACUUUAAAAGAUGUCAUUGAUAUACAAGUUGAACAGUUUUGGUCCUAAUAUUGACCCCUGGGGUACUCCACAUGUAAUAUUUAAAUUCGCAGAUGCAUGUUCUCCUAGCUUUACAUAUUGCUUCCUGUUUGCCAGGUAGCUUUUAACCCAAUUCAAAACUAAUUCUGUGAUUCCGUACCUUUCUAAUUUUGUUGUUAAGAUGUUGUAAUUAAUUGUACCAAACGCUUUUGAGAGGUCCAUAAAUAGUGCAGCUGCACACUUUCUGUGGUGUUUAGCAUAAAUGACAACAAAUGAAUGGACAACUGAACAUGAACCUUUUAGUUAGUUUUGUUGAAUGCUUACAUUUUGUUGUUGGAACCAGAAAUGGGUGUUAUGGAUGUAAGGUCUGAUUUCGGUGAUGAGGAACCUAGUUCCGGUUAGUUGGUGGGGCCACUUAAGUAAAGAGUUUUGCUUCUCAGAACAAUAUGCGUUCAAAAGAGUAAUAUAUUGCGAUCAAUUAUGCGUUAACUAUGGACAAGAUGCGAUUAUCGCGAUUAAAUGUUUUAAUUGAUUGACAGCUGUACAUUGUAAUUACUGUAUCUCUGCACAAAGUAUGAGACGUAUGCCGAUACCAUGUCAAGCCAACAAUAUUUUGCAAUAAAGGAAGGGGACUAGGCAGAAUGCCGGGAAAUAACAAGAGUUGUUGGAGGCAUCAUUUCCAAAGAUAACAUUGGGUGGUGGCUUUGUAAAUGUUAGGCCUUCCGGGAGGAAAGCUUAUCGUAUACUCAUCAAAAAAAAACCUGAUGUGUGUAUUAUUGCGCAAGCAUCGCGUCACUUUCUCUUUAGGAGGUAACGUGGUUCAGGCAGGUUUGAUUCCUGGAAUCCCAUCGGUCCAGCUGAAGCAAGAAAAUGCUCCACGUGUACUUCCACGGUAGUACAGCUGUAUAUCACACCAUACUUGUAUCAUGCAUAACCAUGCUAUGAUGAAAUUUAUAGAGGAUCAUACAACAGUACCUACAAAUACUACAUCACCUCUUGCCCAAAGUCAGCUGUCAUAAGCCCCAACUCCCCCGUGAAGUAUCGAUGGAGGGACAGGUACGUCAUAUUUCUGCUGGCUUUUCCUGUAAAUCCUACCUAUUGGCCUUUUAUGGCUUGGGGUGGAGGUGGUACUCCUCUUGCUGGAGUCGCACAAGGAGUGGCCUCCUGCAGAUAUAAAUCACCCUCCUCGGCGUACAGCGUAAAGUCCACUCUUGCGGGCAGAAGAAAAAUUGAGAAGUAACGCCGACAGAAAGGACGACAACUACUUCAUCGCUCAGGCAUGGCCUCGGAAGAAUCAAACAAGAAGGUGUCCUCCGUCUUCAUCACCCUGUCACGUCCCCACCAAACUAACAUCGAGCAGCAACGUGGACCCAAAAAAGGUUGGGUUCAUGCUGGGCCUUCCCCAAGGCCCUCGUUGUCUCAGAACCCUGUACCUACGAAGCCUUCUCACAGGGCUUCAGGGUCUGAGAACCCUGCAAACCUUGCACCUACAAGGCCUUCCCACAGGGCUUCGGGGUCUGAGAACCCUGCAAACCUUGCACCUACAAGGCCUUCCCACAGGGCUUCGGAGUCUGAGAACCCUGCACCUGUCCAGUCAGGAAUUGCAUGGGAAAACAACAGAAGGGAUGCUGCAGGUCAAACAGAUGUCUUCUCUCCUGUUUCUCCAUCUGCCUCUCCCCCUCUUCCUCCUCCUCCUCCUGCUGCUGCUGAGAUGCCUUCAUACUCCCCAGAUCCAGUAACCCCACCACCUCCACCUUUCCCUGUCCAGAAACAAAGUCCAGUGACCUCGCAGGCACCGCCACAUUCCAAAAAAGAGGAAAAAACAGCACCCUCUAUUGGAACUACUCCAAAAGAACAGUCAAACGGGAUCGAGAAAGAUAACCCCAGUGAGAAGAGUCGAGGUGUCUGUGCUUUCUGUCGGAAGCCCAUCCUGUUUUCUGAAGGGGCGGUAACCGCCCUGCAGAAGCUUUACCACCAAGACUGCUUCAGGUGCAGGUCUUGUUACAGCCCUCUGGCUGGAAAACACUUCUACCACGAGGCGGAGAUCCCUAAAUGUGAGAAGUGUCAUGAGGCCAGUCUUGAGAUUUGCUGGUCAUGUGGCUAUCGCAUCAAAGCCAAACUAGUGCGAGCACUCAAUCGAGCGUACCAUCCUGCUUGUUUUACCUGCGUGACGUGCAAACGGCCGCUUGAAAGCUUUAUCCAGGCAGAUACUGGAGAAGUGUAUUGUUGUCUGGACUACAACAGGAAGCACGCUGAGAAGUGCAGUGUCUGUCAGAAGCCAAUGAUAGACACUGAUGGAAGCCUUCUCCAGUACAUUAAACAUGACGGACGCCCCUUCCAUCACGAGUGCUUCAGAUGUGAGGUCUGUGGCUUCAAGCUCGAUUCUGAGAAGGGGGAAUAUGGCUGCUAUUCUUUGAAUGGCAAAAGACUUUGCCUCAGUUGCAAUCGAAGGAUGCAGAGUCGCUAAAACUGAUGACAUAAUGAUUAAGAAUCAUCCACUGUUUUUCGCAUUUACUGUAUUCAGUCAUCCCCGUUUAUCCCUCGUCAUACUAUUAGUAAAAGCAGUAUUUUUUGUAGUCAGAUCAUAGAAAACCUGUUUAUGACUUUCUAAGUAUGAUUUUUACAAGGGGUGUGCCGAUCCACAUUUUUUGGCAUACGAUCAGAUUUUUAAAAAAGAUUUUUUUAUAGUAUUGCCAAUCCGAUCCGGUACUGUUGACAAACAUGAAUUUGUGGAAUAAAUAUGGUUAUGAAAAUAGCUCUUUCAAGGCAUUACAAAUAAUGCAACCAAAGUAUCGCUAAAUUUGCUUUCUUAUUACACAGCAUGACCAACAAUAUUGUUUGGCUUUGGAAACAAACCUUUGUGAGUCAGGUCCUUAAUCCAGUAAAAGUCCAUCCAUGAAUUGGAAAAUAUGGGCGUGCAAAAUACUUUUAGGGCUAAUCAUUUGACAUGGUUAUAGAUCCAUUUGUGGUGUGAUUUACAAUAUAUGAUUUUUUUUUUUUUAACAAACUCUCUUCAACGCAAUAGCAAUUUAUUGACGGUCCCUAGUAUAAACAACCGUCGGUUACAGCGGCACUUCCCUUGUGACUUCCCCGUACCAUGACCCAGCAGUCCACGCACAGUGAGGAGGAACUACCGCUCUAGAUACG